AUGCAAGCCAAAUCAACACCUUUUGUUGAAGGGUGGGAGUUUGUGCAGACGCUUGGAGAAGGGGCGUAUGGCGAAGUCAAGCUUGCUGUGUGCCAGUCUACGAUGGAGUGCGUGGCCGUCAAAAUUAUUCAUUUAACUAAUAGUUCAGUGCAAGAGAACGUACAAAAAGAGAUCUGCAUACACCGGAUGCUGAAUCACAAGAACAUAAUCCGAUUCUAUGGAUAUCGGAAAGCGGAUGAAGUAGAGUAUCUCUUUCUGAAGUAUGCCAGUGGCGGAGAACUGUUUGACAGAAUAGAACCGGAUGUUGGAAUGCCAAUUCAAGAUGCUCUCAGAUACUUUCACCAUCUGAUUGAAGGAGUUGAAUACUUGCACGGCCGCGGCGUCUGCCACAGAGACCUCAAGCCUGAGAAUCUCUUACUGGAUGAAAAUGAUGUGCUUCAGAUUACUGACUUUGGAAUGGCUACAGUGUUCAGGUAUCAGGGUCAGGAGAGGGAACUCUGUCGCAUGUGUGGUACGAAACCUUACACAGCACCAGAGGUUCUCAAAGGUGCACCCUACAGGGCUGAACCUGCAGAUGUGUGGUCAUGUGGCAUCGUUUUAGUCACUCUUAUUGCUGGGGAACUUCCUUGGGAUGCCCCGGUUCAGAGAGACAAGAUGUACAGGGCCUGGAAGGAAUGCUGCAUCACCAGCACACCCUGGAACAAGAUCAACACACUGGCUCUCUCUUUGUGUCGAGCAGUUCUGGUGGAAAACCCAAAGAGACGUUACACACUACCACAAAUCAAGAAACAUCAGUUUUACAAUAAAUUGUUUGCACUGAAAGAAGAAGGUGAUAAUGUCUGUAACUCUCCAGCUGGACACCCAUCCAAGAGACGGAAAACUUCAGUUCUGGAUGACAGCAUGCGUUUAUCAUCCCCUCCUGGAGGUGUCUCAGCAUCUCAGCCGGACAGAUCCACCAAUGAAAAUUCAUUAUCUUCUGUGGGAGAGGUUUGGCGCCCAAUCAGCUUCUCCCAGCCAGCACAGCCAGACGACAUGUUGCUGAGUACUCAGAUGCAGUUCACACCAGGCACAUCACAGACACCGUAUCAAAGCUUAGUCAAGAGAAUGACCCGGUUCUUUGUGACUACCUCUCGUUUGGAGACAAUUGAGAAAUUAACGUCAUUCCUAGAAAGUCAAGGAUAUGGAGUAAAAUCUUCAGGUUUUGUGCUGACGGUGUCGACUGUUGACAAGACAAAAGCCCGCCUUAUUUUCAAAAUCUGCCUCAUAGAAAUGGCAGGUAACCUCCUGGUGGAUUUCAGAUUGUCUAAGGGAGACGGUCUGGAAUUUAAGCGACAUUUUGUCAAGAUCAAGACCAAACUCAAACAUAUCAUCCGUAAAACACUGCCAACCUGGCCAGUGUUUGGGUCUGAACAUCUCAGUGGUGGUAAUGUGGUUGCAUCUCCUGGUCAGGCUGCCAAAUCUACAUCUGAUGCAGCAGAAUCAGCCCCUACCACAGCAGUAAAUGUUACCACAGCAGUAAAUUUUACAACAGCCGUAAAUGUUACGACAGCCGUAAAUGUCACUUGUAAUAUAUCUGAAUGUAAAACCUCAACAAUGAAAGAAACACGUGCGAGAAAAACCAGACAUGAGAAGCAGAAAGAAACAAGAAGUAAGGCAGAAACUCCCGGAAUGUCUGACAAGAAGGAAAAACCAGAAAAAGACAGGCAGAAAGAAAGUGGGAAGCCUGCUAGAACAGGUAAUCACUGCAUGCUGAGAAGUUCUACAACCAGAUUUUAG